AUGGAGUAUGCUACAAGGAGGACGGUGUCACGCAACACAGAGCACGGUGCCAAGCGACGUGGAAAUACGGAGUACGGGUGCAUGGUACCGCACGGAACACGAGGCACGCGACACGGAAUACGGUACCAAGGCAACAUGGAAUACGGGAGCAAAGCAACGGAAGAGCACAGUACCACACAACAGAGAAAACAUCACACAACGAAACAAAUCAACGAAGCACAGUCCCCGACACAACAGAGAGCACAGUACACACAACACGGAAUACGGUACCACCAAACAGAGAGCACAGUACCACACAACACGGAAUACGGUACCACAGCAACAGAGAGCACAGUACCAACAACAGAGAGCACAGUACGACAACAGAGAGCACAUACCACACAGACACGGAAUACGGUACCACACAACAGAGAGCACAGACCACACACGGUACCACACAACAGAGAGCACAGUACCACACAACAGAGAGCACAGUACCACACAACAGAGCACAGCACAGUACCAACAAACAGAGCACAGCAACACGGAAUACGGGUAGCAGAGAGCAGCAGUACGCACACAACAGAGAAGCACAGUACCACACAACACGGAAUACGGCACACAACAGAGAGCACAGUACCAACACAGCACGGAUACGGUACCACACAACAGAGAGCACAGUACCCACACAACACGGAAUACGGGUCGGUACCCACACAACAGAGGAAGCAACAGUACCACACACCACCACAACAACAGAGAGCACAGUACCACACAACACGGAAUACGGUACCACACACAACAGAGAGAAGCACAGUACCACCAACCGAAUACGGUCCACGCAACAGAGAGCACAGUAACACAAGCAACAGAGAGCACAGUACCACACAACACGGAAUAGCGUACCACAAACAGAGAGCAAACAGUACCACACAACACGGAACAGUAACAGAGUACACAGCAACAGAGAGCACAGUACCACACAACAGAGAGCAAACACAAGCAACAGAAGAGCACAGUACACACAACAGAGAGCCAGUACCGACACAACAGAGAGCACAGUACCACACAACACGGAAUAGAGAGCACAGUACACACUACCAACAACAGAGAGCACAGUACCACACAACACGGAAUACGGUACCCACGCAACAGAGAGCACAGUACCACACAACAGAGAGCACAGUAACCAACAACACGGAAUACGGUACCCCACACCAACAGACACAGUACAGUACCACACAACAGAGAGCACAGUACCACACAACAGAGAGCACAGUACCCACACAACAGAGAGCAACAGUAACCACACAACACGGAAUACGGUACCAACACAAAAGAGAGCACAGUACCACACACAACAGAGAGCCACAGUACCACACAACCAAGAGCACAGUACCACAGCAACAGAGAAGCACAUUACCACACAACACGGAAUACCGGUACACACACAACAAGAGAGCACAGUACACACAACACGAAAUACACCACACAACAGAGAGCAGCAGUACCACACAACGGAAUACGCGGUACAAACAGCAACAGAGAGCACAGUACCACACAACAGAGAAGCCACGAUACGUACACACCACAGCAACAGAGAGCACAGUACCACACAACAGAGAGCACAAGUACCACACAACAGAGAGCACAGUACCACACAACAGAGAAGCACAGUAA